AUGGACAACCUCACUGUCUUCACAGAGUUCCUCCUCAUGGAUGUUGCAGGCUCCCAGGAGCUCCAGAUUCUGCAAGACCUCGGAAGCAUCUCGGUUAUUGUUCCCAAGGCUGUAGUGAAUUCCUUGAUGGGCAAUAAGACAAUAUCCUUGAAAGAGUGUGCCUCACAGACUUUCCUGAAUAUCCUUUUUGGAGAACUGGAGAUUGCUUUCCUGGUGCUCAUGUCCUAUGACCACUAUGUGGCCAUUUGCCAAUCUCUGCACUAUGGGCUCAUCAUCACCCCGAGUCUGUGCUCCCACACCACAACUGGCUCCUGGGCCUCUGGUCUGGUCUUCUCUGCUAUCCAUACAGGCUGUAUGUUUAGACUUCCCUUCAUGAAGACCAAUGUGAUUCAACAAUAUUUCUGUGAAGUUCCUCAAAUUCUGAGGAUUUCAUCUUCAGAUGCACAGUUUUCUGAAUUUGUACUGAUUGUUGUAAAUAUGCCUGUGCUAUUGACAGAACCUCAGGUGCUGGAUCUGACCUACCUGGAGGAGCAUACUGAGUGGUCCUGUGAGAAGACCCUGAUGUGUGCAUCAUGCUAUAUGCACUUGCUCUUCCUUUUGGAGUGGGAUAAGUAA